CAACAUCAAAGAACCUAGCAACCUAUAACGCUUCAGUGUGAUUUAGAAAUAAGGAAUAUAAUAAGUAGGAACAUGGUGGAAAUGGCGGAGAAGAAAAUUGCAUUUGUUUUGCUUUUAAAUCUAUUGUGUUCUACAUGUAUCGUUUUGCUGAACAAAUGGUUGUACACAAAAAUGAAAUUCCCAAAUGUUACUUUAACAUGCUUCCACUUUCUUGCUACUUCAACUGGACUUUACAUUUGUCAGUUGAUGAAUGUAUUUUCCCCAAAACGUUUGCCACUAAAGGAUGUACUACCCUUGUCCGUGACUUUCUGUGGAUUUGUGGUAUUCACCAACUUGUCUCUACAAAACAAUACAGUCGGGACCUAUCAGCUUGCAAAGGUCCUUACCACACCAGUUAUCAUAGCCAUUCAAACCUACUUCUAUAACACAGAGUUUACAACAAGAAUCAAAGCUACUUUGAUACCAAUAACGCUUGGGGUGUUUGUUAACUCAUAUUAUGACAUCAAGUUUAGCAUGGUUGGAUCAAUAUAUGCAGUAGCUGGGGUGAUGGUGACAGCAGUGUAUCAAAUUUUGGUUGGAAGCAAGCAGAAAGAACUACAAGCUAAUUCAAUGCAACUUUUGUAUUAUCAAGCUCCCCUAUCAUCGCUUAUGCUGCUGGUUAUUAUCCCAAUAUUUGAACCAGUUAUUUCUGAAGGAGGUGUCUUUAGUGGUUCAUGGGGUUUUGAUGCAAUUCGUUUGGUCCUUGCAAGUGGUGUGAUUGCUUUCAUGAUAAACUUGACAAUAUUCUGGAUCAUUGGAAACACGUCACCUGUGACCUACAAUAUGUUUGGUCAUUUUAAAUUUAGCAUUACCCUAUUGGGUGGUUACUUCCUAUUUCGCGAUCCAAUUCAACUUUACCAAGUGUUUGGAAUAUUAAUCACUGUGUGUGGUAUUCUUGCAUACACACAUGAAAAACUAAAAGGUCAAUCAAGUCCUAAAAGUAAACUUCAAACAAGAGUAUAGGCAAUAAACAUUUCUACCUUUCUUGAUAUUUAAAAACAAAUCGUACUGCAAUAUGGGCUAUUAUUUUAAACAGUCUGGCUUGAAAAAAAUUUAAUGCAAUAAUUCACUUACUUUAGGCCUGGAUCAUAUGACAUUUUAUUACAUUACUCUCGUUUCCUCAGCUUGACUGGCAUAAAAUUCGUGCCUAUUAUUAUUAUGUUGCAAUCUUAGGCCUUGGUUUAAUAAUAUGCCAUUACCUGCAAUAUGUACCAUUGUACCCCAUCGUCGAACAGUCUUUUUCAAGUAUUUAAAUAUGUUCACUCUUUCCAGUGCAUUUAAUUUUGUAAUCAAAUAUUUUUAUUACCAACUUAUGAACUACAUAGUGAUGCUGAUAUGAUUUAAGUGCUUAAAAGUUUAGCCUAAACUAAUAUUGCACUAGGUAGCUGUUUUCUUUUUUAUCUACAUUACCAUAUUAUUUUAGUAAUUAACCCUAGACAAGUUACCAUAUGUAUUGCCUAUGUAUAUUGUUAACACCUUCAUAUUCUUUAGAGUAGAAAAUGCAGUAUGUUAUUAAUUAUUCGUAUUAAAAGAUGUAAUAUUAAAAUACUGCCUUA